GUAACAAGGCUGCAGGCUCAUUUCAGAGACUGCACAGACAGAAAAACAGCUCUACACCAAGCUUUACGGAGACGAAACGGCCCGUUAAAAUCAGAAAAGACCCGGGUUAUUAAUGCCAGGCUCUGCCCCUUAACAGGAUCCUUCAGAGCAGAGACGCUCAGGGAAAUGUAGACACCACCUGGACUAUCCUCUGUGGAAACGUUCCUCACAGCAGUUUACCUCCUUCUACCUGCAAGAUGAGCGAGGAAGCCGAGCCGCGAGGCGACCCGUCCUCAAACUCUGAGUCCAAGCAACAGGCGCCACAUUUUCUACGAGACGUCAUCUUUCACGGCAAGUUUAAGCUGCUGAAGGCCCUGACCCCGGAGGAAACCACCCGCUCCCACGACGGCCUCUUCUUCCAGGAUGGUCAGCGUCGUGUCGACUACGUCCUCACCUACCCCAUCAAGAAGCCGAGUGCAGGCCGCUCCAUACGACAGCCGGUGUACCGCCUUACAGAGAACGCUCUGACCCGCAGCAUACGCAACAAAGCCCGGAGUCGAAGGGAACCUCCCAGACUCCACCACGCCACACCUUCCUCAUCAUCGCCACCAGUUGACGUGGAAAUGGGUUCCCUUGGAGAAACCCUGAGCAACCAUGAUGAUGAGAAGGCUUUCAGGAGGGAGGAGUUUGAGAGGAAGCUAAGAGACAUGGGACUGGAGCUGGAGAAGGACGAAGAAGCCAAGAUUCCAGGAGUGGGCUUUGUGAAGAUUCAUGCUCCCUGGAAUGUUCUCUGCCGUGAAGCUGAGCUGAUGAAGCUGAAGAUGCCCACCAAGAAGGUGUAUGAAAUGAAGCAGUCCAGCGGGGUUGUCAAGAAGAUCAGUUCUCUGGUUGAUAAAGUUCUGGAGCCCCUCUACCCGCAUGUUGAGGACCAUCACCCAAAGAACAUCAAACACUUGUCGCACACCUUCUCCAGGGAGAAACAACACCUGUUUGACCUCUCAGACAGAGAUAACUUCUUUGACAGCAAAACCAGGAGUUCCAUCGUGUUUGAGAUCCUGAAAAGAACUAAAUGCAGAGCGAAGUACAGCAUGGGCAUCACCAGUCUGCUGGGCAGUGGAGUUUACACCGCAGCAUACCCUCUUCAUGAUGGAGACAUUAAUCAAGAGACUGCAGAAGUCAACGACAGAAAGCUUUUGUACGAGGAGUGGGCCAACUACAGUGUCUUCUACAAGUUCCAGCCCAUCGGACUGGUGCGGAAGUAUUUUGGGGAGAAGAUCGGCCUCUACUUUGCCUGGUUGGGCUUGUACACCCAGAUGUUAAUUCCUGCCUCUGUGGUGGGGGCCAUCGUCUUUUUGUAUGGAUGUGCAACAGUGGAUGACAACAUACCAAGCAUGGAGAUCUGCCAUCCGAAGAACAACCUCACCAUGUGUCCUUCGUGUGACCGAGUGUGUGGUUACUGGAAACUCAGCACGGCGUGUGGAACCGCCCGCGCCAGUCACCUGUUCGACAACCCCGCCACCGUCUUCUUCUCCGUAUUCAUGGCUCUGUGGGCUGCCAUGUUCAUGGAGCACUGGAAGAGGAGGCAGAUGAGACUCAACUACGAGUGGGACCUCACAGGCUUUGAAGAUGAGGAGGAAGCUCUUAAGGACCAUCCACGAGCUGAAUAUGAAUUCAGGGUAAUGCAAAAGUCUCUGAAGAAAGAACCAAAAUCACAGCACAAGAUAGAAAAGCUGACAUGUCGAGACCGCCUGCCUGCCUACAUGACCAACAUUGUCAUGAUGCUGUUGAUGAUUGGUGUUACAUUUGCCAUCGUCUUUGGUGUUAUCCUUUACCGGAUCUCCACCAAAGCUGCUCUGCAUAUGAGCUCCAGUCCCAUCACGAGGAACCACGUACAACUGACGGUUAAAACCACUGCAGCCAUCAUCAACCUUGUGGUAAUCCUCAUCUUGGAUGAGGUUUACGGAGCUGUGGCCCGGUGGCUGACUGUGCUUGAGGCUCCGAAAACAGACAAGAGUUUUGAGGAACGACUCAUCUUCAAGACCUUCAUUCUCAAAUUUGUUAAUGCUUUCACCCCAAUCAUCUACAUCGCUUUCUUUAGGGGACGACUGGUAGGCCGACCGGGCCGAUACUUGUACGUUUUUGAGUCUUACAGAAUGGAAGAGUGCGCUCACGGCGGCUGUCUGAUGGAGUUGUGCAUCCAGCUGAGCAUCACCAUGUUGGGAAAACAACUCAUCCAAAACAACCUCUUUGAGAUCGGAAUACCCAAGCUGAAGAAACUGAUUCGCUACAUCCGCUCCACACAAGGAGCUUUUCAAGAAGAAGAGAGGCAGAAGAAGCUGCAAAGGUAUGAGGUGGACCACUUCCUGGAACCGUUUGCUGGAUUAACGCCUGAAUACAUGGAGAUGAUCAUCCAGUUUGGUUUCGUCACAUUGUUCGUGGCGUCCUUCCCGCUGGCUCCACUCUUCGCCCUGCUCAACAACAUCAUUGAAAUACGACUAGAUGCCAAGAAAUUUGUCACCGAGUUGCGAAGACCAGUGGCAGCAAGAGCAAAAGAUAUCGGUAUAUGGUACAAUAUAUUGAGAGGGGUAGCGAAGGUGGCUAUCAUUAUUAAUGCAUUUGUCAUCUCGUUCACCUCAGACUUCAUCCCUCGGAUGGUGUACCAGUACAUGUACAGUCCGGAUGGCUCCAUGCACGGAUUUGUGAACCACACACUCUCCUACUUUAAUGUUAGCCACUUUGAGGAAGGCAAAGGAACCGUGGACCCCAUGCACCUUGGACGCCACGUUGAGAUAUGCAGGUACAAAGACUACAGAGAACCCCCUUGGUCUUCCACCCCAUACGAGAUCUCCAAGGAGUUUUGGGCGGUGCUGGCUGUGCGACUGGCCUUUGUCAUCAUCUUCCAGAACAUUGUUAUGCUGAUGAAUGAUAUUGUGGACUGGCUGAUCCCUGAUAUCCCCAAAGAUAUCAGCCUCCAGAUUCACAAGGAGAAGAUUCUACUGGUUGACCUCUUCAUGAAGGAGGAACAGGGCAAGAUGGACAGACUGGACAAGAAUAAUGCAUCGAACCCCAGGGAGAACUGCAGCAGCAGCAACAACAACACAACAACAGCUCAUCCUCGUUCCAAACAGCACAGCAGCGACAAACCUUUCUGAGUGUCCAGCAUUCACGCUGAGGUGGCAAGUCCAAACCGGCUGGUAGCUUCUAGCUCAGGUCCACAUACAUGUCCAGAACAUUCCUACCACUGGAAGAGCAACUGGCCAAUCAGAUGUGAGGAAAACAAAGAUGUGUCCCAAAACUGCCACAGAUUAUGUGAAAAGUAGAAGCGUCAGUCCAUACAUGCACUGCCAACAUUCACUUGUUCAACCACCAUGUGCGGCAACGUAAAUGCUGCACAUAGAAAUGAAAAUGUUCAAAAGGAAUCCAAAUAUUACCCCCGUAUGAGAUGACAUGUACAAAAACUGGACAACUUGUGCUCCAAAGACUCAGUGGAAUCAACGUCACACUUGUGCCAAACAUUUAUUAUUGAACAAGAAACUUUUAUGGUAAACACCACAUUUACACACAUUUAUACUCGUUCAUGCAGACUUCCAGACACGCAUGAACACAUGCAGCACUCCCUGAACUGGUUGCUCACACAGCAGGGGUGAUGUGUGAACUCCAUCCAUAAAUAUUUACCGGUUUAAAGGGACUGUCGACCUACUCGGUGGUCUCACGGCUUCAACCUUAGCUGCCUUGCAAUUCAGACGGAGCGGCAGUAUCGACGGCGGAGUUGACAAAGAACAAAUUCUUCACUGACAAGUAAGAAGUGUAUGGUUCAGUCAAGAAUGAGGUAGAUGUCUGAUACUGUACCCCAGUGUUUGGCAGUCCAGGCCCUCAGGAGCCCCCGUCCUGCAUGUUUGAGAUGUUUCCCUGCUCCAAUACGCGAUUCAAAUGAACGGAUCACCUUCACAUUGUCAAUGUACAGUAAGUUUAUACAAGGCCGUCAACAACCCGUGAAUCUGAUCUGGGUGUGUUGGAGCAGAGAGACUUGAGAGGACCUGGACUCAAAAACAUCGUUCCUAGUUCAGCCAUAAAAAUACCACACUUUGUUAUGAAAUACUUUCAAAGAAAAGAAAAGAAUCUUUAAAUUAAAUCUGGCCUUAGAUUAUCCAAGAUUUUAACAAACCUAAACAGGAAAUCCUACCUUUUUAAUUUGCUAAUUCUGUUUGUCAGAAAAUAAUUUUUUAGGUUUUUUAAAUACCUGACAUGAUUCCUUUCGCCUUCAUCAGAGUCACAAGAUGGUGUGUGUGACCCGUCAGGUGGUACUCACCUGUCAGAUUUGACAGCACCGGUGUUUGUUGUCUUCAGUGCGGAUGACUCUGGCCUUAAACCUAAAAAUUUCUUGUCCGACAAAAAGAAUUAGCAAAUGAAAUUGUAAAGCCAUGGACAAAAUGAACUUUUAGAGGUGUAUGUUGUCAUGUGGAAAAGAAAGUUCGCCCUCUUUCAAUUCUUAAGUUUGAUAUAUAACGGAAACAUUGUGAGCACUUUGAGUGUCCGAGAAAAUCGCAAUAUAAAACUGAUCCAUUAUUAUUACUAUUAUUAUAUAUCAAGAUGUAAAACUGCUCUGGACCCUGCAGGUCUGAAAAUGAGGUCAGGCCAACCUCAGACGGACAACGACACGCUGCACCGUGUCAUAAUUAAUGCUACAACUAACCCACGAUGGAGAGCCCGUUUGUGAAAAAGAACAUCAGCACCGGCUUGCGGCGCCUCUGUGGCGCUUUUACACAGCAGCGUCGUUCUGGGACGCUGCCGCGCUGCCUGUGGUCACAUGACAUUUUUAACAAGUAUAGCCGUCUCUCUUUGUUUGUGGAGGAAUUAUGGUUCGUUUUUCUCCCCGACGUUGCAUCAAUUCAUGAAGUUUUUGGACGUUCAUACUCAGCCCUCUGGAGGUCCACCACAGCAUCUCAGUCAGGUUCAGCUCUGGACUUUGACCAGGUCGUUCCAAAACCUGGAUUCUUUUUAAUUAUUCUGAUGUAGAUUUGCUGCUAUGUUUGGGAUCAUUUCAUGUCACGUGAUUUAGUUAAACGGAGGAGUUUACGGCCCACUUAGAGGUCCUCAUUCACGACAUUUUCAUCAAUCAAGAGUUGAGAAGAAAAUGGUUUUAAAAGGGAAGUUGCAUGAAUAAAACACCCACGCUUUUCUCUACACGGAUAAAACAUUAGUGAUACUAGAGGAAGACGUCUCUCUGCUACGGAGAACCCCGUUAACUCAAUAACCGUAGAGACUGUUAUCAGGAUCACACCGAUGACGACAUGCAGCGACCUCUGAAGGUACGCUUCUACGCGUCAUUGAGGUUUUAUUUCUCUCUAUUCGCCAUAUCAUGGCGGCCUGGGCAUGUGCUGCUUUUAACGCCCAUUUAAGGAACGAGGGGGAGGAAUAUAACUGGUUUCCUUACCAUUGGUAUUUAAUUUUUCCACACAGACAAAGGGAACCUUCAAGAAUUAUGUCAAGGUUUUUUCAUUUUAUCUUUGUGUGAAUUGUAAUCAUUUCCUGUUUGAGCUGAUGUGAGCACACUCUCUGAAAACAUGCAACACUUCCAAACGUGUUGUUUUAAAAAUGAGAAUGAAUCACAAAAGUGUUUUUAAAUGUGUCAGCACGGUGUAAAAAUAACAGAAUUUGUAAAACACAAUGUCGUAAGCCUGGUGAUAUUACUGUGACGUAACUAUUGACACUAUCCUGUUCGUACCUACAAAAGGUUAAGAGAUACUAAUUUUUUAUGAAUGCCGUAGAUAGAUUGAAUGAGAUUGAAUGAGGCCCAGUCACUGCAAGAUGUCCAGUCGUCAUCCCUCCACCACCGGGCUUGAUAAUGGGUCUGAGGUGUUUCUGAUGAAAUGCUUUGUUUGGUUCUGGACAUUGAGACCAGACAUGUCCACGUUGGUCUCAUAUGUCCAGAGGACAUGGCUCCAGAAGUCUGCUGGUUUGUUCAAUUGCAGGUUUAUGUCCUUCCAUGGUGUUUUUAGACAAAGGUUUUCUCCUGCUCGGUCUGACCAUGAUCAUUUGCUGAGAUGUCCACUUCCAUUAAGAUUGUAUUCUAAUCCAUAAAAACUUAGAAAACACAAAAGAUUUAUGGAUCAUUCGUAAAUUUCCACGAAUCCCACAGACUACAGGCGAACUACAGCACUAAAAACACCAGUGGAGCAGAGAAAGGAAACAAGGAAUGGAGCUGAAGUGUAAUUAGGUAUCGUAACUGAGACAAGUUAGUAAGAAUUAUCACUGGAAGGCUACCAUGAGCACAGAGAUAAUCCUGGAUUCUUGUAUAAAGACUGUCUUUACCGUUCAGGGCCUUGAAGGUUUCAAGAGCGACUGAUCAGUGCAUGAAGGUGCCAACAUGGAUUAUUGAUGCGUGCGGAGGUCAGGUAACCGUCUGCUCUCUGAAACUGGAAACGUGUCCUAAAUGAAAACGUUAUCAGUGGAAGUUUAAUCUGACAUCAGGCCGUUCUGGAGAGUUUUGACCUCUGAUCGUGACGCAGCGCAGGAAGCUUAAUCCUCAUUCCUUUGUCUGAAUUAGCAACAAAAUCAUUUUACCAACACAGGAUGAUCUGAAGUUAACGGCUUUAGACAUUUGACCGCAUCACAUGGCAGAACUUACAAGAAUAAAUCUUCUCGUUUUCACAUAUAUACAGUACUUAAAGGCUUCAUUUUUAUUUCAGUUUUUGUAAAUUGCAAGGAUUUCUUUUUAUGAAGGUGUACUUUUUGGUUUUUCAACUGUUUAUCAAUAAAAUACUUU